GAAUGAAGCAUGCUCUGCUAUUGAAUUCUCCCUGUCAAUUACUAUCGGAAAAUUGGAGCCCCCGUCACCACCACUACGCGGAUCAUACCUAUCUCUUAAGCUUUAUCAGCCAUCAUUUUUGUGCUCUUCUCUUCUCCCUGUGUUGUUGGCGGGGACCAAGAGCUCCUCCCCCUUGAUCGGUCUUGAUGGCAACCCUACCUUUAUGCCUCGCAUCUGUAGAUGUCCAUAGUGUUUGAAGGAGCAACAAGUAAGAGCAGCAUCAUAAAGAACAACACUAGAUGUGGUUUCGACUAUCUUAAGUCAUCAGCCAUGAGUGAGCAUGAUGCUAGAGUUGAUACGAAGAGAAUUUUUUCUGUCGGCGAUUUAAUUUGGGUAAAGCUUGGUAAAUAUCCUUUCUGGCCAUGCAUGGUUAGUUUUGAUCCAAUUCAAGGAGAUUGUAUUAGGUUGGAUAAAGCUAAGAAUGAACGUAUUUAUCAUGUUCAGUUCUUUGGUGAGGCACCUCAACGCGGCUGGACUGUUGCUGGUAAUAUCUUUGAGUUUAAAGGUGAAAGUGCUUACUUUGAAAGAAUGCAGGAUCUUCUUGUUGCAAACGCUUCUCGUGGAACUAAAUUUUUAAGAAAGCUGAAAGCCAAAUAUAGCAUACCUGCAUCGUCAAGGAAAAAAUGGUUAAUUGCAGUAGAAGAGGCUGAAGAGGCUGCAAAAAUUAUAAAUUUAGGGGAAAGAUUUCGAAGUUAUGUUUUUGAUUAUGAGAAGCUUAAAUCAAAAAAAUCUUCAAAAGGCACAAAGGGCAAACAAAAGAGUUCGGUCUCAUCUGGUAAAGUGGUUGAGCAGAAAGACUCUUUUUCAUAUGAUGAAAAUUCAAAACCAGGAUCUACCACUUCAAAUGGUGUAAAAAUUAAACCUACAAGAUCUGUCUCAAUGGGCGCAAAGGGCAAACAAAAGAGUUCAGUCUCAUCUGAUUAUAGGGUUAAACUGAGAAGCUCCAUUUCAAGUGGUGAAGGAAUUAAUCUGAGGAGUUCCGUUUUAAAUGUUACAGAAACAAGGGCUAAACAGAAAAGAAAUUCUGCCUCAGCAGAUAUAACUGUGAAACAGAAAAGAACUGUUGUAACUGGUAAAAAGGCUAAACGAAAAAGUUCCAAUUUAUAUGGAACUUCUAAUGGAACUUGUCUUGAUAAAAGCGCUCACUGCUCAAAACGAAUUCGUUUGUCAGAUGAUUCUUCCCAAGUAUGUGAUGUGUGUGAUAAGGAGAAUGUUGACCUUACAUGUAGUGGAAUAUGUGGAACAUUUUUUCAUAUGGAAUGCCUUGGCAUAACAAACAUACCAGAAAAUUUCAAAUGUGCAAAAUGUUCUUCAGACAUAUCAGAUGAACAUUCAAGUUUAUUUUCUUGCUUUGCAUGCAAGAUGACCAGUGGAACUUUGAAAGAAUGUGCAAAUUCAAAAUGUACAAAGUAUUACCAUGCUAAAUGCCUUGAGCAAUAUGAAUGUGCAAACAAGGACAAAAACAUCUGUCCUUUGCAUACCUGUAUAACCUGUUAUCGAGAAAAUUCCAAGAAUAUUAUGUCUCAUAAAGGUAAUAUGGUGCAAUGUAUGCAUUGUCCUACUGCGUUUCAUUCCCGGGAAUCGUGUAUUGCUGCUGGUUCUGUGGUGCAAAGCUCUUCAUCAAUAAUAUGUUCACUUCAUUUUGACGAAACUCAUAAGCAUUUUGGUCUAAAAACAUCCAAUGCAAACUAUUGUGCUAUGUGCUAUUCAGGUGGAGAGUUAGUUUGCUGUGAAACUUGCCCAAAUGCAUUUCAUGAGGAUUGUUUGCAGUCGGACAUUCCAAAUGAAGAUUUUAUCUGUGACGAUUGUAGAAAUAGACGAUAUCUUUUCUAUAAUAUGGUGGUUUUUGGUAAAACUGGCAAAUUCAGUUGGUGGCCUGGCCAAAUUAUACAUGAAACGCAUUUGUCGGAUGCUGUGAAAAAGGCUAAAAAAUGUGAUGGGCAGUUUGCCGUGUAUUUCUUUGGAACUCAUAAUUAUUCAUGGUUGCAUGGUGGACGUGUUUACCCAUAUGAAGAACAGCAUCAGAAAAUGAAACUUAAAAGUAAAGACCAGAAGUUCAAAUUAGGUCUUGAAGAAGCUGUUGUAGCUUUUGACGAAUAUCAAAAGAAUCGUCUAACCGACAGUUAUCUGCAUAAAAGGCCUGAAGCUUAUAGGCAUAUUCAGGUCAACCGAGCACUUCCGCCUGCUCAGAUAUACACAAAUUUGUCGAAUAUUUCAAAAUGUGCAUGCGAUCCUACUAAAGAGAAUCCUUGUGGCCCUGAAAGUCAGUGCUUAAAUCGUUCGUUGCUGAUGGAGUGUCAUGCAGAUUUUUGCUUAGCAAAAGAUUUGUGCCAAAACCAGAAAUUCCAGAAGAGGCAGUAUGUACCAACUAAAAUAUUUAAAACAAUUGAUCGUGGAUGGGGUUUAAUGACUACUCGGGAUGUGAAAAAGGGGGAAUUCAUAAUUGAAUAUGUUGGUGAAAUUAUAACGCACGAGGAAUAUCGCAAAAGAUCUGGAGAGAUGCAAAUAAAUGGAGAUUCAAAUUAUUAUUUUCUGUACCUGGAUGCAAGACGAAUGAUUGAUGCAGGACCAAUGGGCAACUAUUCUCGUUUUAUUAAUCAUUCCUGUGAACCUAACUGUGAAAUGAGAAAAUGGUCUGUUAAUGGAGAUGCACGUAUUGGAAUAUUUGCUGUCGUUAAUAUAUCUGCUGGGGAAGAACUCACUUUUAACUAUCAGUCGGAUAAAUAUGAAUUCGAACAGAAGUGCCUGUGCUCUUCUCCGAGUUGUCGAGGUUUUAUAGGAAGAACUACGGAUUAUCACUUGAAAGUGGCUGGGAUGGCAAGUAAACCUUCUACUUCGAUGGCAAGUAAGCCUUCUACUUCGAUGGCAAGUAAGCCUUCUACUUCGAUGGCAAGUAAGCCUUCUACUUCGAUGGCAAGUAAGCCUUCUACUUCGAUGGCAAGUAAGCCUUCUACUUCGAUGGCAAGUAAGCCUUCUACCUCCAAAGCCAUUCCUGCAAAAAUUCCAUUUUCUGAUACUGAAGCCCAAAGUGGGAAAAGGAAAACUGUGAAUCCCAACCUUUAUAAGAACUUUUUAAUAUCUUCUUGUUCUUCGGCUUCAUCUUCAUCAACAAGCGAUUCUUCAUCAACUAGUUCUUCCUGCAAUUCUUCAGAUUAUACUAGCGAUUCGCAUUCAGAUUCUUCCCCGACUAGUUCAUCAACAACUAAUGUUUCUUCAUCAACAACUAGUGGUUCUUCAUCAUCAACAGGAACAUCUAGUUCUACACCAUCAACAUCUGGUUAUUCAGAUAGCUCUACACCAUCAACAUCUGGUUCUUCUCAAGAAUUUGCGAGUCAAUGUUUUAUGUUUUCUGCUCAAGAAAGGGGACAACGUGUCAACAGUUUAGAGAGAUGUUCUACAUGCAUCCAAAGAUCUACUGAACAGAGUGUUGUGUGUUCUGUAAAUGGAUGCUUAAGCCAAUACCAUCUAAGCUGUAUUAAAUUAUCAGAAGUUCCUAAAGGUAAUUGGGUUUGCCCAAAUCAUAGCAUCUGCUGUUGUGUUCGAAAUCCAAAUACGUACUGUUUCUGGUGCCUCUUAGGUUCAUGCACUAAAUGCGUAGAUCGUUCAUUUCCACGUCGGUGGGUUCUUCCUCCACUUCUGGCCUUUGCCUCUGAAUUGUGUUGCCAAUGUUUUAAAUACAUCGAAUCUUUCUCACGUCCCAUAUCACUGCAACAUUUGUUUGAGCAUGAUUUAGAGUUUGAAAUGUCUGAUGAUGAUGAUGAUGUAGAUGUGGUGGAAAUACUGCCUGGUGCUUCUCGGAAUGCUAUGUCGCCUCUUCAUCGGCUUAGGAACGCUAUGACAUCGCGUCGGUUUCAGUAUUGAAUGGCAUUUGUUUUAAAAGCAUUUGAUAAUUAACCUAAUGAGUCAUUUUUAAAAUGUAUAAAAAUAGCUGUGUAUCAGUGGAAAUAUAGCAUUUCAGUAUAUGUUUGUAAUAUUAAGCAUUACAUUUAUCUGCCAUUUUUCUGGGGGUUCAUAAUUUUUAUGCAGUUGUAUCGAAAAAGUGUAUAUGAAUCAUUUUGUUUUCCUCUUUUAUUUUUUUUUAAUUGCUUUAAUGUAUCGGAUUGGUGCAUAUCAGUAACAUAACGUUAUUAAUAUAGAAAUAUCCUGUUACGCGUUUUCAUUGUAUUAUUUUUGCUUCACAUAUGUCCAUGUCAUGAAUCUUUCUAUUAUUCUUUUACCGAAGGAAUUUUCAAUAUUUAAAUUUUUUUAUGAUAUCUAUUUUUGAGUAUGGUUUUUUAAGUCUAUAUAUUAAUUUUUCUGAAUUAUUUCUAGAAAUUGUGUGUUCCUCAUAACAAAUUCAUGAACAUUAUUUUAAACUCACUUUUAUUUAAUUUCUAUUGUAUCAGUUACAUUCUCUUUUGGAUAAUAGAUGGCGACACUUUGUCUUGUCUUUGUUUUGUGUGAAAUGUUCCUUAAAACACUGCCCGAAUCAUAAUGAUCUACAUUUCUACACACUAUGUAUUUACCAUUGUGCUUAUAAACUUAAUCAUUAUGCAUUUUACUAUGAAGUAAUAUUGUCUUUUAAAUAUAUUUUGUGCUUAUUGAAUUAAGCAAGCGCAGAUUCCCCUCCCUAAAUACAUAAUCAUUCAAGAGCGUUGUUCUGAACUAUUUUUUUAGUUUCAUUAAAGCUGAACAAUUAGUUUUAUAAGCAAAUAAUAUUUGAUAGAAGAGAAAGUUAUUUAAAACUCCGGCAGAUAUUUUUUGGUGUGCAUUUUAAAUGAAAAUCUUUUGAUGUGUAUUACUGGUAAUGAUGAAUAUUAUUGUGUUUUUGUAUUCACAAUUUAUUAAUAUCAAUGAAAAUGUAACCUGUUAUAACAGGGUUUAAACAGGUUUUAUAGAUGUAGUAGCCAUUUUUAUAGAACUGCAUUCCUCUUAAAAGAGCAAUUUCUAUAUAUAAAAAAAAUUGCCAACGUGUAUUGAUGUUCUGCACUAUUACUAUCGAGAAUUGAAUAUACUUUACUGAAAAAGUUUUCUUUUUUCUUAACAAUGAUUAGUGUUAAUUGUUUAAUAAGUAUGUCUUGAAUAUUUGUACUUUUUAUCAAAAUUUCUGUUUAUUUGUUAUUUUUCAAAAUGUUUUUUUUUAUUAUUAUUAUUCUUAUUAUUAUUAUUUUAAAAUGUCUUUUUAUGGGUGUAUGCUUGAGAAACAUGCACAAAAUUUGAACCAUUUUAUCUGUUGAAAGUGAAUAUAUGUGUCUUUAUAUAUGCCUAAACUAUAUAGUAGUUUGAUUUGGUAGAAGUUUAAUCGUCUAAACUGUUGCUUGACAAGCAAAAGGCACUUUCUUACAUUUAUUUUCAAUUUAUUACAAAUUCUGUUAUCAGCAUAAAUUUCAUGUGCAACCGGAAUCUGUAGAAGGUAGAUUAAUUAUUCAUAUGUGAACUCUUUUGAAAUGUUUCAUUUUAUUAUUACUGAAUAAAUUUUUGGA